GUCAGAAAGGCAGGAAAGACAAGGAGCAGGAGGCGGCAAUCUAGCAGGGCAGGGGGCCCGGCUCCUGCAGGGCCAGGAGCCCUUCCCAGAGUCCACCUGUGAAGAUGUGGCUGUACCUGGCCGCCCUGCUGGGCCUGUACUUCCUGCGCCGAUGGUACCGGGAGCGGCAGAGCGUCGAGGGCCUCCCGGAGAAAUACGUCCUGAUCACCGGCUGUGACUCCGGCUUCGGGAACCUGCUGGCCAAGCAGCUGGACGUGCGGGGCCUGCAGGUGCUGGCGGCUUGUCUCACCGAGCAGGGCGCGGAGCAGCUGAGGAAGGCGACGUCGGAGCGGCUGCAGACGGUGAUCCUGGACGUCACCCGCACUGACAGCAUCGCCGCGGCCACCGCCUGGGUGAAGGAACGAGUGGGGAACAAAGGGCUCUGGGGCCUGGUGAACAACGCCGGGAUCGCAAUCCCCGCGGCCCCCAAUGAGUGGCUGACCAAGGACGACUUUGUCAAGGUGCUGGACGUGAACCUGAUCGGCCUGAUCGAGGUGACCCUCAGCGUCCUGCCCCUGGUGAAGCGAGCCAGGGGCCGGGUCGUCAAUGUGGCCAGUAUAAUGGGUCGACUGGCCUUCUUCGGAGGGGGCUACUGCCCGUCUAAAUAUGGGGUGGAGGCAUUCUCCGACAGCCUCCGGCUUGAGAUGCUGCCUUUCGGGGUGAAGGUGUGUGUGAUCGAGCCAGGCUACUUCAGCACCGCAGUUACCAACCCCGAGCUCAUUGUCGAGAACUUCACUCUCCUCUGGGAGCGGCUCCCCGAGGAAACCAAAGCGAGUUACGGGGAGAGUUACUUAAAAAGCUUUAUCCAUGCCACCCGCGACCUGCCGAAAUCCUGCAACUCUGACCUGUCCGUCGUCACCGGCUGCAUGGAGCACGCGCUGACGGCUCGCCACCCCCGCACCCGCUACUCCGCCGGCUGGGACGCCAAGCUGGUCUUCCUCCCGCUGAGUUACCUGCCCACCUGGUUCGCCGACUUCGUGCUGACGUGGUCCUACCCGGCACCGGCCCAAAAAGUGUAGGAGGAAGAUGCGGCGUUAGAAUGUCAGCAGGGGGCAGCGACCAGAGCAGCGUCGCUGGCACACGGGGUCCGAAUUCCCGGUGGGGGUGAGACCCCCUGUCCCGUGGCACCCACCUGAGAAUAUGCAAAUCAGUUCUUAAUUACAAGCCUUGAAUCAAAGCAGAGCUCCUUGGAGUUUGCUUCCCCGGUGCAACCUCUUCUCCGUGUCCUGGGAUGGAAUGUGGUUUCCUAACCAACCCCGGCACAACACUCCCCGCCCCCACCUUUAACGGUUCCCGGGACAUAGACCACCCCGCUCCUUGUGUCCGGGCCCCGCCUGUCCUUGGUAUUCAGCUCCAUUUCCUAUCUGCCUGUCCCCCAAUCUCCGUGAUCUGUGUCCAGGGACUCUCCCACCCCAGCGACCCCAGCAGAUUAACCCAGUCCAUCUGGAGGGGAGGCAGCAGUUUGAAACUCGCCUCUGAUGAAACCACCCCACUGCAUGCUGAGCCAGGGCCAGCCCACGAGUCCCAAAGACAGGACAUUCGGCUGGGUUGGCUUCCAGACGGAUCCCCUGCUGGGCAUUGCAGGCCAGGCUGGGAGCGACUCGCUAGUCGGCCCAGAACAGAUCCUGCCGGCGUCACUGAGAAUGACUUACCCUGCAGAGUCCUUCCUCAGCAAUUCCUCAGCGCCCGUGUGAGAGACGUCCCUCUCCAUUGGUGCAUCCCCAUACCUGUGUCGGGAGACCCAGCUGCAUCAUGUCGAGCUUAAGCAAGCAGCCUGUCUAAAUCCAGAGACCCGAAACUCGCAACCUGCCAGCAUCUGGCUCUGGAAGGCAAAUCCAAGGGGUUCCCAAUUGCUUAGUCCUAGGUAGUCCCCACUGCUGCUUAUUAUCGGACCAAGAUCAGGGCUCCAGUGUGCUGGGUGCUGCCCAGAAGCUAAGUCGCACCCUGCCCCGGAGUGCUGACCUGCUAAGCAGAGCAGACAAAGCAUGGGAGAAAUGAACUCUCGUCUCCAUUUUACAGAUGGGGAAACUGAGGCACCGGGAUUCAGGGGCUGAAAUCCAGCUGUAACUGACCUUUGUGGGAAAGCCCUGGGCUCGUUGCUUGUGACGGCUUCUCGCACAAGCUCCUUCGGCACCACAAGCCUGGGCGUUUUCUUUUCCAAGAGUCCGAGCUGGCUGCCUGGUGUUUUGGAAGCUGCAGGGUGGGGUCUGUUCCCUGUUAAAGGACUAUUGGAGACAAUACACAGCAGGGAGGAUAGGAUCAGAGGCGUCAGGGCAGAGAAGAACGUAAGAACGGCCAGACUGGGUCAGACCAAAGGUCCAUCCAACCCAGUGUCCUGUCUUCUGACAGAGGCCAGUGCCAGGGAUUGCAUGGCCAGUGCCCCAGAGGGAGUGAACCUAACAAGCACUUUACAAACUCGUCACUGUUUAUUUGUCUGCCCUUUUCUGACGUGUCAGAUUAUUUAUGUGAAUGCUUCUUGUCUGAUCUGGCCCCUAAUUUAUCCUCUUCCGUCCUCUGCUCCAGACUAGGACCUAGAGAAUCGCUGUCACUAGACUCUCCCCUAAGAGAAGUCUCUGGCCGAUCCGCGUGUUCCUCCACAGCAAUCGGCUGUCCCUCGUCUCUUAGUUUAAAAACUGCUCUGCAACCUUUUUAAUGUUAAGUGCCAGCAGCCUGGUUCCACUUUGGUUUAGGUGGAGCCCAUCUCUCCUGUAUAGGCUCCCCCCAUCCCAAAAAUUUCCUCAGUUCCUAAUAAAUCUAAACCCUCUUCUCUACACCAUCGUCUCAUCCACGCAUUGAGACUCUGAAGCUCUGCUGCCUACCUGGCCCUGCACGUGCAACUGGGAGCAUUUCUGGGAAUGCCACCACUGAGGUCCUGGAUUUCAGUCUCUUCCCGAGCAGCCUAAAUUCAGCCUCCAGGACAUCUCUCCUACCCUUCCCUGUGUCAUUGGUACCUACAUGUACACGACCACCGCACUACACAUGUCUGUCUAGAUGCCUCCAGAGAUCCGCAACCUUCGCACCAGGCAGGCAAAUGAUGAUUGCAUUGGUUGCACGAUUGCAUUGGUUGCACGACUGCCAUUGGUUGAACAGGUUUGUGUCCCACCCCAGCAUCGUUCGUAAUUCCAAGCAUCCUAAAAAUACAGGCAUAGCUCUGUUGAUUAGGAACCCAAUGUCUCAAGAGAAUAUAUGAACCAAGUCAAUAAACACAAAUGCACAAGUUCCACCUCUGCUUAAUUCCCAGGGACACGCGCCGGGUAAACUGGCUCCAAAGCAUCCCCUCAAAACCCCCAACCACUUCCAGAGCGAGGACUUUCGUGCGUCCCCGUCCGCCCCCGUCACUGUAGCAUCUGAGUGCCUCACAAUUAUUAACAGACUUCGCCUCACACACGCACCCCCGGGAGGGACAGAAGUACUGUCCCCUUCCCGGAGAGGGGAAACUGAGGCACGAGGCACUCAGUUGAUGUGGUCAAGGCCACACAAGGGUCUCUGUGGCAGAGCUGGGAACGGCAGACACUUCUCUUGAGUCCCAACCAGAGCCUUAACUUCAGGCUGCCUCCAGUAGA